UUGGGUUCCUAUCUGUCAAUUUAAAAAAAAUAAAAAGCAGCGACAACGUAAACAAAAUACCUACUUAGAUUAUUAUAAUUGUUUUAGUUUUCUGAGAAUUUGCUGCUAAUUCCUCAACGAUGGUUCUAACGAAUGGCAUCAAAUUGCCAGAGUUCUCGGCGCUACAAGUGGAAGAGUGUGAUCUGUCCACCGCCACGCUGAUGUCCGCUGCGCCUUACGUGGGGAAACACUGCGAGAGUGUCAACAACGAGUUUAUGCUGUGCAGGUACGAGUCCGGCGACCCGCGAGCCUGUGUCGAACUGGGGAAAAAAGUCACCGCCUGCACAUUGCAGCUGUUCAGACAAAUCAAAGACAACUGCAUGUUAGAGUUCAAUCAGUACGCAAAUUGCAUUGAUAAAAGUUCAGGUAACUAUUCCUUCAAUAACUGCAGGAAGACUCAAGCUGUUUUUGACGCUUGUAUGAAGGACAAACUAAGCAUGGAACGACCUGGGUUUGGAUAUUUCUGUCGGGCGAGGAUUCACGAAAGUCCGACGCCCGCACCGAACGCGGACCCCUGCCCCUGUGCACCCAAGGUUCCCGACCCGACCCCAUCGCUGCCGGACUGCAAGCCACGACCUCCAGCUCGCUUCGGAAAUCGCUCAUAUUGGACCACGGAAUAAUUUAUUUGCCCUUGUUAAAAACUGAAAUAUUCAUUAAUAAAGACUUAUUAAAUUUUUUUUAA